CAGAGCGCAGCCCUGCCCUGCCCGCCACUCCGCACACAGGCAUCCGCGGAGCUCUUCCGGCCGGAGGCGACGGCGGCCUCCGGGGCUUCGGAAACGCAAGGCGCCUGCGCGGCAGGGCGGGGGAAUACGACUACACUUCCCAGCGUGCCCCGCGGGCGGGCGCGCAGACACAUUCCGUACCCGGUGGAGGCGUCGCACAGGCGCAUUCUAGACCCGGCAGUGGCGCGCAGGUGCAUUUCCGGCCCGGCAGCAGCGGCACGCAGCCGCAUUCGAGGCCCGGGUGUGGCACGCAGGCGUAUUCGGGGCCCGAAGGAGGCACGCAGGCGCAUUAGGGGCCAGGAGCCGGUGCGCAGGCGCAUUCGAGGCCCGGCGGCUGCGGCGCGCAGGCGCGUUAGGCGCAGGCCGGGCCGGGCCGAAGCGAGCGCCGGGCAGGCAGCGGCGCCAGAGCGAGUGGAGCCUUCGGGGUCCCCGGGUGGCGGCGGCGGCGGUGCAGAGGAGGAAGGCGGCGGCUCUCCCCCUGCCGGCGCGCGACCCGGUCCGUCCCGCGAGCUCGCGCCGGUCCCGCGGCCCGGCCCGGCCCCGGGCCCCUCCGCCGCCGCCGCCACCGCCAUGGCCCGGCCGCUGGUGCCCAGCUCGCAGAAGGCGCUGCUGCUGGAGCUGAAGGGGCUGCAGGAGGAGCCGGUGGAGGGCUUCCGGGUGACGCUGGUGGACGAGGGCGACCUGUACAACUGGGAGGUGGCCAUCUUCGGGCCCCCCAACACCUACUAUGAAGGCGGCUACUUCAAGGCUCGCCUCAAGUUCCCCAUCGACUACCCGUAUUCCCCACCAGCCUUCCGGUUCCUCACCAAGAUGUGGCACCCAAACAUCUAUGAGACAGGGGACGUGUGCAUCUCCAUCCUCCAUCCCCCAGUUGACGACCCACAGAGUGGGGAGCUGCCCUCAGAGCGGUGGAACCCCACGCAGAAUGUCAGAACCAUCCUCCUGAGUGUGAUCUCCCUGCUGAAUGAGCCCAACACCUUCUCGCCUGCCAAUGUGGACGCCUCGGUGAUGUACAGAAAAUGGAAGGAGAGCAAGGGGAAGGACCGCGAGUACACGGACAUCAUCCGGAAGCAGGUCCUGGGGACCAAGGUGGACGCAGAGCGCGAUGGCGUGAAGGUGCCCACCACGCUGGCCGAGUACUGCGUGAAGACCAAGGCGCCGGCGCCCGACGAGGGCUCGGACCUCUUCUAUGACGACUACUAUGAGGACGGCGAAGUGGAGGAGGCCGACAGCUGCUUUGGGGAUGAAGAGGAUGACUCUGGCACCGAGGAGUCCUGACCCACGUCCCUGAAAUAAACUUACAAAUUUUACCUCAGCAGGACCCGUGUGGGCCUCAGGCGACAGACUACCUCACCGAGGUUCCAUGUGGGCUCCCAUCCCAUGAUCCUUAGGUCCUCCUACCCCGUUCCCCAUGGGUUCUCCUCGGCUUUAGAGAAGAGCUGUGGUGCAGGGCAGACACCCCACUCAGCUGUCAGAUGUUGACAAGCCUGGGAGAUGGGGGGCCGACUGCCUGGUGGGGAGCCGGAGACUCCCGCCUCCCGAGGAGGGCCAGCCCACAGCUCCUCCUCUCUGCUUUUGGUGUGUGUGAAAUCCAAAUAAAAUAGCUUUCUGAGAA